ACGUCGAAAGAAAUGCAUACGAUGCGUUGAGCUAGUUUGAAAUGUCCCUUUAAAUGGGUAAUCUAUUGCGUGCAUUAACAAGGUGGUGAACAAUAAUUAGUAUUCACAUAUCAUUAUGUCGGAUGAUUGUUAAAUUUAAGGUUACUACCAGAUGUGGGAUGUUAUACAUAUAAUGUACAUGGUUUAAACAAUAACCAAACAAGUGCGCAUUCGUUACAUAUUAUUAACAUGUGACGCCAUAUUCCAUUGUUAAUACGUUGUAUAUAUUACCGCAGGAGCUGUUUCUAGUGUAUGUUAAAAUUAUGAUUAUACAGACUACGAAUCUUCGUCUGGUAUGUUAUUUCUUUACAAAAUCAGAUGAAUUAUAAAUCAAUUGUGGAUUACACAAAAAUAAUAAUGCAUACAGCAAUUAAGCGAUAGUGUUUCGAGGUUGUACAACUAUUUAGGUUUGGUGUAAUCUGUUCGAUUGAAAGAGGACGUCAUCCCUAACGGUUUUGUACAGUGCCCCUUAAAGAUAUAGUGAACAAUACCACAAAAGGGAAUAACGUUGAAUGCAUUUUUUUAAAUUGGCGAACACCUCAUCACGACAGUUUCGCUGCUAACGUGUCUAGCGUCAUGGACUUCGAGGAACAGAUAGCUGUCGGCAUGGCAGCAGCUAUAUCUGGUCUGGCUGUCGCUAUAGCUAGCGUGGUCGCCGCAAUGGUGUACAAAAGACGCAAGUUAAAGCAACGACAAAAACUACUAGACGCCAACAUGCAACGAGGUACUUCCAGACGUAUUCAAAGAAAUCCCAGUUUCAACGCGCAAUACCAGGGCAUUUCUGAGACGACAUUGUCUACUGACGCACCGUUCAUUAUUUCGGGAAACUUUAUCACACCAACUUCGGAAAGAGUGAACCCAGUCUACUUGGACGAAGAUGGCUUGACAUUGAAGAGAAACCAGUCUCUGCGGCUCGAUAACAGCAUUUCAAGCAUCCCUAGAGCGCGCGUUGGAGACGCCAGGAAAACAUGGGGAUAUGAAAAUGAUACCGAUUUUGGUGAGGUCGAUGUGCAUUGUGGGAACUCAAUGACCGCAAACAGACACGAACCCUAUUCGGCGUCUCAGUGUCAAAAUCGUGACCGAUAUGAUGGUAGACCAACUUCCGCGGUUACAUCGCCAGCAGACGCUUGGUUCAAAGGAAGACUGGGUUCUUUUCGCUACAUGGAUGACUCGUCUGCUACUGGUACCGACAGACAUAUUACUCAUGGGACCGGCAGAACACUUUAUGGGAAUCCGAUGUUAAAGCGGGUACAGUCUACGCCCGCACGCAGACAGGGUCAGACCGCAAAGGAAAACUCCGCUUUCAAUCGCAACCAGUCGUUGAUGUCACGUGACCAAAUAGUCCCUGCCCCACAGACACAAUCAGAGAAGGCGGGCGUUCAUUUUUAUCGCGCAAACACCCCGGGAGUUGAACAAUCGGAUGACAACAGGACGCAGUUUUCAAUGAGGAGAAGUGGAAGUCUACUGUGGCGGGAUAACCGCAUCGGCAACUUUUCAUGAGGCAUCAAAAAGAUGAUGUUAAUGAAGUUAAAAUAUCUUUGGAAUGCUUAUUAUGAACUUGUUUAUGAGCGCAAAUUAAUACUGGACACAUACGCUAUAAAGAUAUUUUAUCCCUACACGUCAAAUUAAAGAAGUGCAAUGUCUGGAUAACGGUAGCUGUAAUCUGCAUACAAUUUGAUCUUUUGUUUACCGGUAAAUAUCUUUUAAAUACAAUUUUAAAACAGACUGUGUUCUACUAGACAUUGUAGAAGAAUACAUUUUGUAUAAAUUUUAUAUAAUUUGCAUAUUGUACAAUAGAUCAGGUAGGCAUUAAGAAAUUAUGUUCAUUGUUAAUAACAUCAUUAUGUGAUCUGUAAAUGUUACAUGUGUAUAGAGCUAUAUAGCCCUAAAUAUAUUCUAAACAAUUUAUAUGUACCAGUAUAUAUUUUGUACAUCAAAUGUCAAAAUGCAAGGCAAUAAAAACUAAAAUAGUAA